GAAGAUUACCAGCUCGAGCACUGCUGCGACUUGUUUCUGAUUCUGAGCGCACUGUGUUGAAAGAAAUGAUAAAAAUACAUAGGCAUUGUUCUUUUAUAGUGAAAAAUAAAAAGGCAGUGUGAGCCAUUCAGAGGAGCAAGGCAGCACCACAAACUUAAUAGCAAGAGGUUGGAAAUCAAAAGAUAUGGCACAAACAGAGUGUGAUGAAGUUACAGAGGUGGUGUGUUUGGAGUCUGAGCUGCAGGAUGGACAAAUGAAGGAGGUUGAAGUGGAUCAUCAAAAAAUCCUGUUGGUUCGUAAUGAAGGCCAGUUCAGUGCCGUGGGAGCUCUGUGUACUCACUAUGGAGCACCACUAAUAAAAGGUGCUCUGAUGGGAAAUAGAGUGAGGUGUCCUUGGCAUGGGGCUUGCUUUAACAUUACAACAGGAGAUAUUGAAGAGUUUCCAGGCCUGGACUCUUUGCCUAGAUACAAGGUGAAAGUUGAGAAUGGUAAAGUUCACGUUACAAGAAAUAAAAAGACUCUGACUAAACGUGUUAAAGAAAUGAGCUGUAAAGUGCCUGGUGUCUGUCACACCAUACUUUUAAUUGGAGGAGGUCCUGCCUCUUUGCAAUGUGCAGAAACCCUUCGACAGAAUAAUUACGAGGGGCGAAUUAUAAUGGUCACGAAAGAUGAGCAGCUGCCUUUAGACAAAACAAAACUUAGUAAAGCCAUGAAUAUAGAGAGUGAAAAGAUUCUUCUUCGACCAAGUGACUUCCUAAAACAGCAUGGCAUUGAAGUGUGGACAGAAAAGGAAGUGGUGUCCAUUGAUACAGAAACAAACACAGUCAGUUUUCACGAUGGUACCAGUCAACACUACAGUCAGCUCUUGAUUGCUACAGGAGCGAGAGCAAGGAGUAUGCAAUGUCCUGGUGCUGAAAUGGAGAAUGUGAAACUCUUGGAGAGCUACAAAGAUGCAACUGAGAUUUAUCAGAUGAGUGUAGGCAACAGGGUCGUGAUCAUUGGAACAUCUUUUAUAGGAAUGGAAGUAGCAGCUUUUCUGUCUGACAAAGCAGCUAGCGUAGCUGUUGUGGGCAGAUCUGACGUGCCUUACCAGUUUUCACUGGGACCAGAUAUUGGCAGAAUGACUAUGCAGAUGCUGGAGGAGAAAAAUGUGAGAUUCUACAUGAAUAAUGGUGUGACUGAAAUACAAGGGGAGAACGGAAAGGUCAAAAAGGUUAUACUGCAAAAUGGUGACAUGUUGCCAGCAGAGGUUGUAAUUGUAGGAAUUGGUGUCAUUCCAAACUCUGAUUUCCUGAAGGGGAGCAUGGUGAAAAUUGAUUCAAGAAAUGCCAUCAUUGUUGAUAAGUUCAUGAGAACGAACAUUCCAGAUGUCUUUGCUGCUGGGGAUGUGGCAUCCUUUCCUCUUUCAAUUCAUGCAGAUGAAAGGGUUAAUAUUGGACACUGGCAGCUGGCACAAGCACAUGGCCGGGUUGCAGCUUUAAACAUGCUGAAUAAGCAGACUGAACUCCACUCGGUCCCAUACUUCUGGACUGUGUUGCUGGGAAAAAGUAUCAGAUAUACAGGUUAUGGUGAAGGCUAUACGGACAUUGUUUUCAAAGGAUCUGUUGACGAGAGGAAGUUUCUUGCAUUUUAUAUAAAGGGUGAUGAAGUCAUUGCAGCAGCCAGCUUGAACUUCGAUCCUGCUGUCUCACGGGUGGCAGAACUAAUGGCAACUGGGGAAAAUAUUACAAAAUUCCAAGCUGAAUCAGAGGACCUCGGGUGGUUGCAGCUUCCUUAGAUGGGUCUUGUGCAUCACUGCUGGCUACAGAAGAUGCCUUUAUUACAUUUAUAUUUGAUUUUAUUAUUAAAAGUACAAAAGUGCUUUUUUUCUACUGAUAGUGAGCUUGUGGAACAACACUGGUUAAAACUGAUAAGUGGUUUGAUGGCAUAUGAUAGAUCAUGACCAUUAUUUUACUCACCCAUUUUAUUUCUGCUUUAGAGAACAUAUUACUCUCCAGAUGCAAAAGAGUUGUAGAGUAGACAUUGGCUCCAGUAUCAGCUUUACUUCAAAUUGUCCUUAUAAACAAAUUGCCUUGACCUACUUAUAUUCUAAAUCAUCUGUAGGUUCAUGUCUUUUUUUAGACUAGAGCAACAAUCAAACUAUUUCUCAGAGAUAGCUUCCUCUUCCUCUUUAGCUAUUGUGUUGUUAGUGCUUGUUUACAUUAUGUUUUCAUUUCAGCAUUGCUAAUGAUUUUUUUGUGUGUUGGAAAUCUGGAAAUUUAAGAAGCAGUAUAUUUAUGGAACCAUUUCCAAAAACAUUAGAGUGGUAGCAGAUGAAGCUUGUAGUACUGUCUAAUUUGUGUAAUUGUAUUGUUUUAAGAUAUUUGCAAUUUAUUUAUAAAGAAGCCCAGAAGUACCAGUCUCGUGUGCGCUUGUAUGUCACUGCCAUUUAUGUCACUUGGCAUAAUGUGUGCUAGAGCUACUACAGAUCUCCCAGAGUAAAAUUGCUCUGUGGUCUCCCAGCUGCAGAAACAUUGGUCUCUUGUUACAGGUGUGACAGAGGAGGUGAGCAGCAGUGGUAACAAGAGGCACCCAAGCCAAGUGAACCUAUGAACAGACUGUCUGUAUUGACCUAAAUGUGGGUAUAUAUAAUUAGAUAAGAAUACAAAUGUGUAAUUAUAAGAAUAAGAAUUAAAAUUCUAUUGUUACAAAAAUAUGUACAAUAAAAACAA